AUGCACAGAUCCUCUUUCACAACAUCCCCCGUUGCUGUCGCUUAUGGGUCGUCUCCGCUUCCUCCAGCCGUUUCUUCUGGGAGAAAAGCAUCCUUAAACUUACUGAACAAAGAACCCCAGCUUGAGGCGGUAACCCCCUGCGCGACCGAAGGGGCUGCUGCGUUGAGUUAUUUUGGGUUGCCGAUUCAUAGAGCCCCGUAUCAAUUUUUAGGUCACCCGCUGCCUCAGAAAAAGGAAUUUCUACCUCGCACAGACGGGAAGCUUUCGCCAGAACAGCGUCUUAACAACCAUGGUGGCGGGGUCACAGUUGCUGGGGGACUACUCUCCGACUUGGCGUAUAAUGCAGCACUGCUCAGAGGGUCAGCGAAACCACCGGGAAGUCCCAGACGUCUCGUAUCUCCUCGACCAUUCAGCAGAAACCUUAUUAUAAGGCCACAGGAAGUGUCCUGUAAGCACCACUUGCCAUCGAUCUCUCCUCUCCAAGAGAAAGGGCAUCUAAAAGCGCCGACUCAUAAGAAGACUUUCCUGAGGAGGUCGGCCGGCAGCAACGACGUCACGCAUAUCCGCUUUGAGACACCAGACAGCAGAGGCGGUACCGUUGGGGACGAUUUCCAUGUCUCCAUGCCAAACCUUUCCCAAGAACCGAAGAAUAUUUCACAACUUCUACCCUCCCUGCAAAACGCUAUGGCUUAUCUUGCCUUGACUCGCUUCCCCACGGGACCACCUAACGUACAACAAGGGUACUUUCUUCCCCCCCUAGCACCUCAGUUUGCCGGUCGAAUGACUCUCGUCUUGGGUGAGAUGCACAGUUGUUUCCUCAAUGAAGUCAACGAGAUUCCGUCGCCUUACCUGUGGGAUACUGUGAAGUCGCAAUCAAGGAGUGCAAAUGCGACACUGGAGAAGACCCGCCUUGCUGCUUCCGAAAGCGGUUACAUGCCUCACCUUGAGCAGAGAAGACCCAGAACUCUGAUGCACUGUGCGAUACACCCGCUUAAGAAAGAACCGGCUUUUCUUGUUCGGUUUUCCGAUACCAAUCUCCUGGGACAUGUUUAUGUUCGACCGUACACGAAGGUCUUCCUUGACUUAGCGUCGCAGAUAUGCGAAAUUGUCGUCUUCACUGCCAGCACGCAAUCCUACGCUGAUCAGGUCCUCGCCCACCUCGAUCCAGACCGUCGCUUAGUCCAUCACCGCCUUUACCGUCAGCACUGCACCAUGAUUAAUGGCGGCUAUGUCAAGGACCUUCGCCUUCUGGGGCGCGACGUUUCGCGGGUGAUUCUGGCCGAUAAUUCGCCAAUCAGCAUGGCGCUGCAGCCCGAUAACGGCGUCCUUGUCUCUAGUUGGACAAAUGACGAUCGCGACAGCGAACUCAUGGAUCUUCUCGUUCUUGUUCAGCAUUUGGCCGAGCUGGAGAAUGUGCCCAAGUACCUCCGAGAACGCUACAGCUUGCGAGCGUGGAUUAAUGGCCACAGGCAGGCAGUGGGGCCUCUGUGA